GUUGGAGGGAUCAGGAACCAGCUUGACGUGCCGAUGAACUGCCUUGUUUUCUUCUGGCCCCCGCAAACGGCUCGUCCGGAAAUGCGGGUUGGUGACCGAUGGCGAGUUGUUGGGAAGGUGGACGAAACCAACGAUACGCUUCCCCUCUUUCUUCUUUCUCUCGUCGUGUGCCUUCCAAAACUUCAUCUUCACUUUUCUCCCCUGGCCCAAUUCGACUCACAAUCGCGGCCAAUUAACGCCGCGGUAACCCCCAAACCCCGGCCCUGCGACACGCGGCGGCCCUGAACGCGACCAUCACAAAACAUCCGCCCAAUCGUUGGAAAGGUUCGACGACAUGGGGAAACGAAACAAGAAGCCCCCGCCGCGGGUUUACCACGACGGCCUGAUCCCCGCCACGCACGACACCUUCCAGAGCUACCCCGAGGUGGUGCCAGACGACUACGACCAGGUCAAGCACGAAAAGAGCUACCCCGAGGUCGCACCCCCACAAGACGACCCCGACCAACAACCACACCAACAACACCACCACCAAGACCCACCAGAAGACCAACGCAACCAACAACCCAACCAACCCAACCACCCCUCCACCAUCCUCACCCCCCCAACCGCCCACGGCUCCCACCACCACCACCACGGCCAACUAUCCUCCCUCUCCAACAACCUCUCCGCCCUCCCCGGCGGCCUCUCCCCGCUCUCCGCCCCCCCUCACCACCCCCACCACCCCCACCACCACCACCACCACCACCACCACCAUCCUCACCCCCACCCGCCACCAACAGGCCUCAUAAGCGGCGACCUCCCACGCACGUCAGGCGUGCACUCGCUGCGGCAGGCGUGGAGCGACCCGGGCGACCCGGAGGACCCGCGCGGCGGCGGCGUGGCGCUCGACGCCGACCGCCCGCCGCUGUGGAGGCGGCCCGUGCUGUGGGUGGCGCUGGUCGCGGGCGCGGUGAUUGUGGUGCUGGCGGGGAUACUGGGCGGGGUGGCGAGUGGACGGGUCGGGACGGCGCUUGAUGAGGGGGGGGCGGGGAGUGGUGGUGGUGGUGGUUCUAGUGAAGGGGGUGGUUCUGGGGGUGGUUCUGGGGGUGAAGGGGGUGGUGGAGGGGAUGGGUCUGAUGGGAGUGGCUUCUCGACGGCUUCCGUCGCAAACCCGACCUGUCCUGGCUCCGGCAACCGCAACUAUACCUCCACUGCGGCGGCAACGAUGCCCAAGACGUUCCGGAUACAGUGCGGCGCCAACUACCCCGGCGGGGACGGGGCGUUAGGACUCCAAAGCGGCUCCAUCGACAGCAUCGCAAGCUGCUUUGACGCGUGUGCGCGGGAAUCGGGGUGUGUGGCGGCGGUCUUCACUCCGGGGGAUGCGGCAGAAUGCUGGCUGAAAGAGUUUAUUGGGGUUAUCGAAACCGGAGGGGACGUUGACGGAAUGGUCAGCGGCGUGCUCUGGCAGUAGCUAUGGGCAAGUCAUGUGGGCGGGGAUGUGCUUUCAUUUGGGAUUGGAUGUUGUGGGUGGGAGUAUCCGGUUUCUGGGGUUCGGCAGGUGGUGGAUCUCUUGUUCUUUGUUUUGAUACCUGAUCUAGGUGGAGGCUGACCGCUGUACAUAUCAUUCACUUUCUGCCUGUUCAUGGCACCUGUAUAUACCACAUUGUUACAACCGUUACCAGGGGAGCGGUCACACAGCCCACCUUCUGGACCGAUUGCAUUUCAUAACAUGCUCGAUUUCUGUCUACGAAC